CGGAGCGGUUCCGGGGCACGCGGCGCCGGCCCGCGAUGAGCUCGGAGCGGGGGAACGUGUCCCGCACGCGGCCCCAGCGCCACCAGAACGCACGCGCCUUCAAGAACGACAAGUACGACACCAGCGCCCGGUGCAAGAAAAUAAAUGCUAAGCUUCAUGAUGGAGUGUGUCAGCAUUGCAAAGGUAUCUUGGAGUGGCGAGUAAAAUUCAGAAAGUACAAGCUACUGACAAAACCUAAAAAAUGUGUGAAAUGCCUCCAGAAGACUGUAAAAGAUCCUUAUCAUAUUAUUUGUCGACCAUGUGCUGGUAAACUAGAAAUUUGUGCUAAGUGUGGGAAACAAGAAGAAAUAGUGAUUCCGAUUGAUAAAGGACAAGACAGAACUGACAAUGAGACUUCUAAAGAUGGCCAAGAGAGCACUAAAUUGAAAGAUGAGCUGGAUUUUAAUACAAAUUUCAGUAGUGCAGACAGUGAUGAAGAUUCUGAUGUGCUUGAAGAACAAUUUAAAAGUAUGAAUUUUGAAAAAACAGAGAGCUAAAAGGCUGUGUUUAUGCAAGAGUUUAUAUGCCAUCAAAUGUGGUAAACCAGUGCUUGCCCUUAAACUGCUCCAAACCCUGAUUAGACAUCUAAGAUCCUUGUAUGUUAAUUUUGGCAUUGUGUAUGAUGAUGCAUGUGGGGAUUUAUAUUAAUACACAUUUUUAUGUAUUAGGAACAGAAUUUCUUUGAAAAUAUUCAGAAAAUAUUCCAUUUUCUAUCUGUAAGCAUGGUUAUUUAUUUCAUACAUAUAACAACUUCCUGUUUUUAUGGAAUAAAGUCUCUUUGUGUAAUUGUUCGAAAUUCAGUAUUAUGUGACCGUCGGAAGUGUUAUUGCUACCUGGAAACCUGCCUGAAAGUCUAGAGUAAGCAUAGAUAGGAAGAGCUAAAGCAGCUAUAGUGGUUUUCUGAAGGAAGAACUUGCAGCAUGCUGUCAAUGAGUUUCCAAAUGGGGUCUUACCCUAGGCCAAAGAUUUUGUUCAUUUUUUUUUCCCCACAAAAAAGAAACAAGUGUAUAAAUGCCAUCACCAGUACAGUUCAUGAACAGUUAAAGCUUAUUUACCAUGUAUUAAGUGUGCAUUACAGAUUUCUGACCUUUUUGCUACCAAUAUUUUGUAAAGAAGAAACCUGCAGG